GGGCAGGCCGCGGGACCCCGGCCCCGGUGCCACCGAAAUGAGUGAAAAAAGGAAUCUUCGAGAAUUCAGGCAAGAGCUGGGGAAACAAACCACGGAGAAACUCAAAGCGAAGGAAGAGGCCCCCAGAUUUAUCGUGGAAACGAUAGGGCAGAUGAUGGCGGAAGCAAAUCGGGAAGGAAUUUCCUCCUCUAGCAACAGGCACCGGGGAGCAUCUACUAGUGCCUACAUGGGUAGUCCGAACCGGACCACCACGUCUUCGCUUCACGGCACGGUGGUGGAAAAUAUUGCCACUUCUGGGCCUGGCCUUUCAGCGAAAAACACGGUAGUUUCUACAUAUGAACUAGACUUUGAUUCCCAGAGGAAAAUCGCUCCUUGUCCUGGAAAAGAACACAUGGAGAGAGUCGUCGAGGAGUACUCGUGUCAAGUCAAAGAUUUGCAGAAGAGGCUAAGUGAAACCACCGAAUCGCAGGAGAAACAGAAGUACCAUUUAAGACAGUCGAUCUUCGAACUGCAAACGAAGCUUCAGGAAGUGCAACUGGAGAGAGACGCCUUAAUUGACAUCAGGAGAAAGGAGGCACAGAGUCAGGAGGAGGUCAAAUCCCAAUUCCAGGCCACAAUUGAGGAACUGGAGGCCGCCGGCCGCCUGCAGGAAGAGAUGCUCCGGGAGAGCGGCGAUCGGUCGGAGCAGCUCCGGAAAGCCGUGCGGAGCCAGGAAGAGGCCCUGCGGGAAAUCCGCCACGUCCUCGUGGACUUCGAGGAGCGCACGGGCAAGACGGUGGACGGGCACGAGGCCGCCGCCGACCUCCACGUCCGCCGCCUGGGCCCGGCGAUUGGCAGAGUCCUACGGGAAUUAGACGCCGAGCUGGCCUAUCUCAAAGGGAGGAUUUUCCCAGUGGCAGAGCAACUGGAAUCACUGCAGAACGAAUCGCAGGACAAAGUGCAGCUGCUCCUUCAGCAACACCAAGAGAGAAUCGAGCAGCUGGUGAGUGAGCACAAAUUGGAGGUGGCCGAACUCACCGAAAAAGCCAACAGUGCUCACGGCCGGGCUCAAAGCUUCCAGAGUCAAAUGGCCAUCAUUCAAGACCAAGCGAGGAACCAGAAUUCACUCUACAUGCGUCAGCUCAGCGAACUGGAGUCUACGGUUUCUCAGCUGCGCUCUGAAUUAAGGGAAACCAAAAGGAUCUCCGAGGACAAGGUAGAAGAACUUGAGAAGCAGUUGGCCCUGUCCAACGCGGAGCUGACCGAGGCCCGAACGGAGCGGGAUCAAUUCAGCCAAGAAUCUGGGAACUUGGACGAUAAAAUCCAGAUGAUGCUGGCAGAGCUGCAUAAAAAGGAUAAGGAGCUGAGCCUGGAAAAGGAACAGAAUAAGCGCCUGUGGGAUCGGGACACGGGGAACAGCAUAACCAUCGACCAUCUGCGCCGGGAACUCGAUGACAGGAACGUGGAAGUGCAGCACCUGGAAUCGCUGGUGAAGAAGAUGAAGGAUGAUUCCCAGGACCAGAUGGAACGGCAGAUGGCGGCCAUCCAGGAAAAGAACGCCAACCUCGAGAGGGUGUCCUGCCUGGCCGCUCAGCUGGAGUCCACCAAGGAGACGCUCCGCAAGGCGGUGGAUGAGCUGAGCGCCAAGAAGAUGGCCCUGGAGGGCUCCGCGCGGGCGGUGGCCGACCUGACGGCGGCUCUGCAGGAGAAAGAGAGGGCCGUCGAGGCGAGCGACGCCGAGCUGGGCCGGCUCCGCUCCCGGCUGGACGCGAAGCUGAGGGAGCUCCGGCACCUGAAGGACGAGGGAGACCGCCUCCGGGACGUCCGGGCCGCCGACCGCGAGGCCCUCCGCCUCCAGGUGGUCCAGAAGGACAACGUGCUGGACGUCUUGCAGCGCCAGGUGGAGAAAAUGUCCCUGCUCGUCGGCCGGCACGGAAGGACGGCCGGGGCCUUGCAGGUGGAGAACUCUCGCCUUCGAAAAGAAGUCGACCACGGGAAACUGGAACUGCAGGAACUGAAGGUCCUGAGGGAUAAAAGCGAUGCCCGAAUCCUGGAGUUGGAGGCCCAGCUGAGCAGCCUGGACCUGGAGAAGAGCCAGCUGGUGAGGGCCUGUACUGAGCGCCUCCGGGACGUAAAGGAGCUCCAACUGGAGAGGGAACACCUGACGAUGGACGUGAAAGCCAGCCGCGGCGAGCUAGCCCGCAUCUCAGAGGACUACGAGGUGCUGAAGAGGAACUACCGCAACAAAAGCCAAGAGAUGGAGCGCACCACGCAGAAAUUGAAAACGCAGCUCAAGUCCGCCCAGGCCGAACUGGAGCAAACGCGAGUGACCCUGAAGUCGAUGGAAGGAGCCGACGGGCAAGCUCUGAAAGUCGCCAUGGGAAUGCAGAAACAAAUCACCGCCAAGAGAGGACAAAUAGAUGCCCUGGAGAGCAAGAUUCAGUUCUUGGAAGAGGCCAUGGAAAACACAUCUAAGGAGAAGGAUUUCCUCAGAGAAGAGAAGAUGAAACUGAGCUUAGAACUGAACUCCAUCGCCACGGAAAAAAACAAGAUGGCAGGGGAGCUGGAGAUCCUCAAAUCUCAGGAGCGGCGUUUGAAGGAGAAGGUGGCAAACAUGGAGAACGCCCUGGAUAAGGCCUCGUUGCAGUUUGCAGAAUGUCAAGACAUCAUUUUGCGUCAGGAACAAGAGUCGGUGCGCUUAAAACUCCAACAAACUUUGGAUGUGAAAGAGCUUCGAGGCCCGGGAUACUCCUCGGGCUCUUCCACAAAGCAGAGGCUGCCACCAUCCUCGCCCGUCCCGCGCCCGGCCUCUUCUAUCCGUUCUUCCCUGAGCUACACAACUACUGUAGCCUCCAAGUCUUCCGCGCAGAAGGAUGAUCCGACGCGGGAUUUGAAGCAGCUGCUCCAGGAAUUACGGAAGGUGAUCAGCGAGGAGCCCCCCGUGCCUCUGACCAAGAUGGACAGUGCUGAUGGGAGAAACCUUCGUGGGACAACGGAACCCACUGCUGACUCGAGUCUGCGCUCGGAUACGUACAACAGAAGCAUUUCAGUGAGAGAAUCCAUCGAAAGCAGCCGAGCCGACAAAGUCUUCAACAGGGGCCCAACAACUUCUUAUCUUGGAGACCCUGAAGAGCCAGCCGGUAACUUCUCUUUUUCGUCCACCGGGAGCCCUCCCGGCUUGCAGGCCGCCCCCCCGUUCUCCUCGUCCCCCAAGUCCUCGCGGGGGCCCCGGCCCGGGGAGCGCUCUCCCGUGCAGACCCCGCCGACCUCCUUCCCCGAGGACGAGGCCUCCUCGUCCGCCGCCUCCACCGCAGAGUACCGCUGCGCCCAGCGUGGCCGCUCGUCCGACAAGGCCAAAAGUGUCUCCUUCAGCCCCUACCCUCCCGUCGUCGAACCCAGGAGCGGCGUGGGGCAGCCGUCUGCCACCCUCCCCACCGCCAAACCGAAUCCACCAGGUUUCCAGGACGGGGCUCCAGCUUCCCCGGCUUCUCCGCCCACGGGCCCGGCCGGCCACGGCUGCCAGAAACUCCAUACCAGGCUGGAAGGGUUGCAGUGCCUGGUUGAACGCUUGCAGCUGAAAAACCAAGCCAUGUCAUCAAUGAUCAAAACUCAAGAGAAGAGGAUACAGAAAGUGAAAGACCAGGAGAAAAUGCUACUGAAAUAAGCUUUCGUCGGCCGAAUUUUUCCCUGCGGACUCUGCCCGGCCAACAGUAAGGUUGAAAAUAUGCCUUCUCCUA